GUAAUGUGUGCGCUGUUGAAAGUCGCCCCUCGAAAGUGUUCCCUUACGUGAACGCUGCUUGUGUAAUAUCCGAUUUCCAGACACCAGUAACAAUCAGACGUAGGAAAGGCUGUUUCUUUUACAGGUUUCAGAACAGGAGUUCAACAUGCUGUCGUCUGUCAUUGCGAAAAGACUGGUGUCUGGGGUGUGCCAGGCAGCCUGGAGACCAGCAGCUGCGGGCAUGGUAUCGGUUCGUGGUUACCGUGGAGACGCGCCAGACGACUCCAGGGGAGACCUGAUCGAGAUCCCUCUACCACCUUGGGAUGAGAGAGCAAACGAGGCCACUGACAUCAAGAGGCGCCGUCUUCUUUAUGAGAGUCGUAAGAGGGGCAUGUUGGAGAACUGCAUAAUACUCAGCCUGUUUGCAAAGCGAUACCUGAACACAAUGACUGAGAAGCAGCUGCACCAGUACGACCGGCUGAUUAAUGAACCAAGCAAUGACUGGGACAUCUAUUACUGGGCAACAGAGACUCGGCCCACACCUGACGUUUACCAAGGAGAGGUCAUGGAUUUGCUGAAGGAGUUCACAAAGAACCGCAACCAGGAGCAGAGGUUGGACGCCCCCAGCUUGGAAUACUUGGAUAAGGAAAGUCAGUGAGAGCCAUGGCGCGUCGAGCUGCUCAGAGACUCGUUAACAACGCAGAAUAUUCAGAACACUGUCCACUUUUACCAGCUGGUGAUCACAGGGAGAGUUUGUUUGGGGAAGUGUUAUGCAUAUUUUGUUUGUAUUGUAUUGUAAAUUUAUGGUGUGUGACUGUAAAUUCAAAUGGCUAAAUCAGCUUUCAUGUGUGUAUGUAAUCGGAGCCAAUUCUAGACAUUAUAGGUCAUGAAAUAAAUGUUGAUUCA